GAGAAGAGCAAACCAAAAGCAGAGUAGUAAUAAACCAGAGUGUAAACUUAACAAAUGCCACGGGGGCAGAAUAAAUUGAACGGUGCAUCUGGAUGGUCGCAGAUCCGUUGUACUGCCAGAAAAGCGCGUUGUUUUGUGCCCAUUAAAUAUAUCCGAAAACACCUUCCACGUUUCGCAGCCUUUACAGAUUUGGCACAGCCGGUACGAUCAAGGAAAGAUGAAUAUCGGGCAUAAAGCAAACUGGCCUCUAGAGCCAUUCAACGAUUCUGUGAAUGGACAGGAUCUCAGGCGUGAAUGGGAAGAGUGGCAUCGGUCGUUUAAACUGCUAUUGGAGUUGAGGAAAAUUGAAAAUCAGCAUGAUAAAUUAGUACUUUUAUUGUCACUGGGCGGACGUGGAUUGCAACGCAUAUACUACAACCUAGGCCCAGUUUGUGAUGAAAUUUAUCCGGAAGCGGUAAAAGUUCCACUCAUGCCGACGGAAGAACCGGAGUAUGAUAAUGCAAUCAAACGGUUGCAAAACUUUUUUGUUGGUAAACGCAAUGAUCGUGUCGAGUUAGAGCUAUUUCGUUCGCUGAAACAAUCCAGCGACGAGUCGUUCAAUAAUUUUGUGCUGAGACUUCGUAUACAAGCAUCGCGAUGUGCUUUCACAAAUCGAGAGGAAAUGGAAAUCCUACAUCAGAUUACAAUGGGAGCUAAAGAUGAGAGAGUUCGCGACAAAGGCUUGGAAAACGUCUUCAGUUUGGAUGAAUUAACAAAUUAUGCUGUAAAUCGAGAAAUACUGAUGAAACAGAAGGAAAAGUUGAAGUCAUUUAGUGAAGAACUUGUUCCGGCUGGAAUUGCUACCAUCCAGUCGAGACGAUUGCCGCGAUCUAAGUUCGCAAACUUUCAAGGUAGUUACACAGCUAAUCGAGGUUUUCGUGAAAAUUUUCAACGUCGUAGCGUCGAUUCAGAUUGCGGGCGUUGUGGCUCAAAUCGUCAUAAAUCAGAUUCACAUAUCUGCCCAGCACAGAAUGCAAGAUGUAAUAAAUGCUUUCGUACAGGCCAUUUCGCACGGAAGUGUAAUAGCGGAAAGAACUUCAAGUCAAGACAACACCAACAACGAUAUCCGAAUCCUGGAGAAACCAAUUCCCUCGAAGGAAGCAUUGAAUGGAAUGAGACUCUCCCGACUCGACCAAAAUUAAAUGAAACGGCGAAGGUAGAUGAUUAAUUGAAACAUUCACUAUCCAUGCUCCAGUUUGUAGUUUAUCUAGUAUUGCCACUAACUGUUUUUUAACAUUUUAAACCCUUAUUUUUCAUUCGAAGGCUCGAAGGAUC